AUGACUUCCCGUGUCACAGUUCAACAGGUUAUGGGCCGCACUUCGGCUUAUAUUAAUCUUACUUCCUCUGAAAAACUCACUCCUCUCAACUAUCAUGUCUGGGCUACCAAAAUUCUUUUGGGUCUUCGUGCUAUGAAUAAUGGUGUCCACCUUUAUGUCGAAGCUGGUACUGUCAAUCCAGCUGCCAAUGAAUCCCUUGAAGACCUCACCGCCUCGCUUGAUACCGUCGUCCAUGAUGUCAUCCUCAACAAUAUUUCUCCUGAGUUGAUCGAACAUGUUAAUGAUGUGGCCAUUAUGUUGGAAUAUACGUCUGUUCAACAGGUUAUGGGCCGCACUUCGGCUUAUAUUAAUCUUACUUCCUCUGAAAAACUCACUCCUCUCAACUAUCAUGUCUGGGCUACUAAGAUCCUUUUGGGUCUUCGUGCAAUGAAUAAUGGUGUCCAUCUUUAUGUCGAAGCUGGUACUGUCAAUCCAGCUGCUAAUGAAUCCCUCGAAGACCUCACCGCCUCGCUUGAUACCGUCGUCCAUGAUGUCAUCCUCAACAACAUUUCUCCUGAAUUGAUCGAACAUGUUAAUGAUGUGGCCAUUAGAGGCCGUGACCUUUGGCUUUAUCUUCAUCAGGAGUAUAGUCAACUUCAACCCGCCGAUGUCAUCUCACUUAUGAAAUCCCUCUAUGCUGGCAAUAUUGAUGUUGGUCCAAAGUUUGUUUCUUCUGUUCGUUCAUAUGUUGCUACAUGGCGUUCCAUCUACCAAUCAUUGUCGCCUGAUUCGGUUGUGGCCUUCAACGCUUUGGCUUCAAUGGGUCCCAAUUGUGAGCGCUUCAUCCAGUACGCCUUGGAGCACCGCUUUGAUAGUAACAAUGCUGACAACCUUGAUAUCAACAACUUCAUCCGGAACACUGAUAAAUGGGCCAAGUUGUUGAAGAUUACUGGACCUCCAGCUACUCUUUCGACUGAAGCGUUCGUUGCUUCAUCAAAGAAGUACAAUAACAAAUCUAAGGGUGAUGGUAUUAAAUGUUUCCGUUGUAAGAGGCGUGGUCAUACUUCCAACAAUUGUCAUGUCUCUUGGGAAGAGGUUCAGGCUGCUCGCCAAGAUAAUAAGGAUGACAAGGAAUCUAAGGAGGCUAAAACCUCAAGAGGUUGGUUUGCUGAGACUAUUGAUGAAUUUUCUGAGAUAGUUGAUGAUGAUCCAUUUGUGAGUUCCGCUUUUGUGUCCGAGACAUCUGUUGUUUCUGAAAAGUUUGGUAACAGUUGCUCCGAGUCGUUUGAUGAUUUGGAAUCCGAACUUUUUGAUUCUUCUGAGCCGUGUGUCGGCGAUGAAGAUUGUUUUGUUGGUCAAGUUUCUGAGUAUUGUUCAAACUCAGGACUUGAUAUUGAUUCAGUUGGUAAACCGUUUGUUGGUUCCACUGAUGAUUCUUGUUUUAAUUCUGAACCGUAUGUCGGUUCUACUGUUGUUUGUUUGGAGUCUGAACCGUGUGUCAGUUCAGCUCCUAUUUGUUUUGAUUCUGAAUCGUUGGUCGAUUCGGAUUCGGAUUCUGAACCGUUGGUCGGUUUUUCUUUUAUUUCUUGUUCUGAUUCUGAACCGUUGGUCGGUUCUUCUUUUAUUUCUUGUUCUGAUUCUAAACCGUUGGUCGGUUCUGAUGAUGAUAUUGUCUUACCUUCUUUUGAUUUUUUGGUGGAUUCAAUUACUGAACCUUCUCCGCCUAUUGUUAAACCUAUUGUUACACCAAAAUCCCGUUUUUCUCCAUUCUUUUACUUAUCUUUUGUUACCAUCAUGUUGUUGUCCUUGAUUUUAAUUGUCGUCUGGCAUCCUUCUUCAAUCUUGGAUUUAAGUCAUUCAGUACAUCACGUUUUUGUUGCUGAAUCUACUACUUCUGCUGAGGCCAACUUAGUUGUUGGGUCUGAUUCUUUUGACUUUAUCCAUGAUACCGGUGCUACCAGUCACAUUUGCAAUAACAUCUCAUAUUUUUCUUCUCUUCGUCCCACUUCGGCUACCAUUCGUGGUCUUGGUUCUGCUACUGCUGAGGGGGUUGGCGACAUUGUUGUUGAUCUUCUUGGUAAAGAUGACCAGCCUUGUGACCGCGUUGUUCUUCGAGAUGUUUUAUAUGUUCCUAAGAUUCCUCGCAAUUUAUUUGCUGCUCGUCGAGCUACUGCUGGUGGUUGUCGGUUCAUUCAAGACCUUAACCAUAUUUCUGCUGUUGAAAAUGGCAAAACUCGAGUCCACGCCAUUGCCAUGGGUGACUUGUACUUUUGUCGUUUCCGAGUUGUUUUGCCUUCCAAGCCAGUUCAUGAGGUGUUUGCUGUUGAGUCGUCUGCCAAUCUUUGGCACAAGCGACUUGGUCACGCCAGUGUGGACGUUCUCAAGAAAUUAUCUAAGUCACUUUCUGUCAAGCCUACUCAUUUUGAGGUUGUGGAUAGUCAUAAGUGUGACGCUUGCUUGGGUGGCAAAGCCACAGCAUUGCCAUUUAAUGGUACCACAGAAAAAGCUAGUCGUCCUUUGGAAUUAUUUGUUUCUGAUUUGAGCGGUCCUCAUGUCGCUACCCCUGUGGGUCAUCGUUAUGUCUUAACCAUUAUGGAUUAUUGUUCCAGGUACUCUUAUGUGGAGUUGUUGGUUAGGAAAAGUGAUGCAAGUCUUGCCAUUCGUAACUUUAUUGCUAGGUGUGAAUCUUAUUUUUCUGGUGAUUCUGCUGGUGAUCGAGUUGCAUAUUUUCAUUCUGAUAAUGGCGGCGAAUACAUUUCCAAAGACCUGGAGCAGUUCUUUGUGUCUAAGGGUAUCAAGCAUACUUAUACAGUUCCUCAUACUCCUCAACAAAAUGGUGCUGCUGAGCGAUUGAAUCGCACAUUAUUUGAGAAAGCCAAGUCUAUGCUUUUAUAUGCUCAUGCUCCUGAAUACUUAUGGGGUGAAGCUGUCAAGUCUGCUAAUUAUAUUAGGAACCGUCUUCCUAGUCGUACCACUGGUGGUGUUGCACCUCUUCAACUUUGGACUGGUAAACCUCCUAGUUAUCACCAUAUGAAAGUAUUUGGUUGUCAAGCUACAGUUGUUCUUCCUGGUGCUAAAAGAGAAUCUAAGUUAAGUUCAAAUACUGAAGCUGGUGUUUUUGUUGGGUAUUCUUUGGAUCGUACAGCUUAUCGAGUUCUUCUUGAUUCAAGCAUUGUUGAAGCCAGGAGUGUUUACUUUGAUGAGUCCAAGUUUCCAUUUAUGAAAAGUGAUAAGGACUUGUCUAUUAAUGGUACUGGUGUUGGGUUUAGUGUUGGUUCUGGUUCAGGGUCCAUGUCAGGACCUUGUUUUGAUUCUAAGGGGACUGGUUUAGGAUCCAAUGUUAGGGUUAAUUCUAUUGCUAGUUCUGAUUUAAGUUCUGGUUCUAGUUUUGGGUCUCAUAGAUCUUUACCAGCAUCCUCAUCUGGUUCUGGUUCUGGUUCUAUUUGUGCUUUACCGUCUCCGUCUCCGUCUUCUUCUCCGUCUCAUUCUCCGUCGCCGCCUCCUCCUUCUUCUUCUUCUAUUAUUGUUCAUAAGCCUCGUUCUGUUCGUCGCAUUUUGUCUACACCUUCUGCUCCUCUUGAGUCUCCUACUCUUCCUACUCUUCCUUCUAUUCCUUCUGUUCCAUCUCUUCCUAGUUCUCCUAUUCUUCCACCUUCAGAUCAUGAAGUCUCUAUCUCUCCUGACUCUAGUCCUAUUGUUCCUCCUUCGGAAUAUAUUCCUUCACAAUUAGACUUAUCUGAAGCUGGUAUUAAUGAAUCUGAUAUUUCUGGUGAUUCUGGGAUCUCGCAACGAGGGGGUGAUAUUGGGUUUCAACCGUCUAUCAUUGCUUCGUCUCCCACUCCACCACCUUCUGUUGAAUUGGAAGUAGUGCCACUUAGUCAAGAAUCUCCUUCGUCUGAUCUUGUUAACUCUCUUGACCAAGCUGGUGUUAGUGUUGUCACUAAGGAUGAUACUCAAGCUGUUUUGCCUAAAUCUCGAUCUCGUGUUGUUGCUGUUCGUUUACCUUCUAUAACUCCUGCCAAACGCCCGAGUUCUGAUGACAUUGUUUCACCUCCUUCUAAACAUCUUUGUGAAAAUUCUUUGAAACAAUCUCCAGUGUCUGCAACACCUGCAAAACGUCCAGCUGAAGAAGAGUGUAUUUCUUAUCGUCGUCUCAAAUCUCUCCGCUUUGAGUAUGAUGAUGUGGCUUUACUUGUUUUUACAGAUCCUAGUAGUUUUGAAGAAGCUAUGUCUAGUGAAGAAGCUGAGUUUUGGCUUGAAGCCUGUGUUAUUGAAAUGUCGUCUCUUAAACGCAAUGGUACUUGGGAAUUGGUUGAUCUCCCACCUGGUCGCAAGGCUAUCAAUAGCAAAUGGGUGUUUAAAGUUAAGCGCAAAGCUGACGGUUCAAUUGAACGUUACAAAUCUCGUCUAGUGUGUAUUGGAUUUUCGCAAGUUGAAGGUAUUGAUUAUACUGAAACUUUUGCUCCCGUUGUUCGUUACGAGACUGUGAGGAUUGUUCUUGCUAUUGCUGCUCAGUUUGGGUUCCAGGUUCAUCAUAUGGAUGUCGAGACUGCAUUUCUUAAUGGUGAUCUCAAAGAAGAUAUUUAUAUGAGACAACCUAAAGGCUUUGUUGUCAAAGGUCAGGAAUCUAAAGUGUGUCAUUUGAAGAAGUCUUUAUAUGGUUUAAAGCAAGCUCCUUUGUGUUGGAAUGAGAAGAUUCAUGGUGCUCUUGUCAAACUUGGGUUUAUUCGUAAUGAAAGUGACUACGGUGUGUAUACCAAAGGAUCUGGGUCUACCAUGGUCAUUAUUGCACUGUAUGUUGAUGAUUUACUUAUUUCUGGCAAUUCUUCUGAAGUCAUUGCCAAAACCAAGUCUUCUUUGUCAUCUAUGUUUAAGAUGAAAGACUUGGGCCCAGUCGAGCAGUUCCUUGGCAUGAGAGUUAAGCAGUCACCUUACCAUAUUACUGUGGAUGUUUCACGUUAUAUUUUUGACAUGUUGGAAGAGUUUGGUAUGCAGAACUGUUCAAGUGUCAAGACUCCUUUACCCACUCGUGAUCUUUCUGAUUUUUCCGAGUCUGACUCUGCUACCGACGCCUCCAUGUAUCGCAGUAUUAUUGGAAAGCUGAUUUAUGCUGCUAAUUGUGCUCGUCCUGAUCUUGCUGUUGCUGUUAGCUUUCUUUGUCGAUAUAUGCAGAAUCCUAAGUCUAUUCAUAUGGAAGCUGCUAAGCAUACUCUUCGUUAUCUUAAGGGUACUGCUGAACUUGGUCUUGAAUAUCGAGCUCAGAAAGUCUACAAGCUUGUUGGUUAUAGUGAUGCCGACUAUGCACAGGACAAACAGGACCGUAAGUCCUUUACUGGGUAUGUUUUCAUUCUGUCUGGUGGUCCCAUUACUUGGGCUUGUCGAAAGCAAGUUAGUCCUGCAUCGUCCAGCGUCGAGUCUGAGUAUAUGUCAUUGUCUGAUGCGUCUAAGGAAUGCUUCUGGAUUAAUCAGUUGUUGUCCCUUUGCAAGAUUCCUGUUCCGUUGCCAGUGACUAUGUUUGAGGACAAUCAGGGAUGUAUUGCUUUGGCUCAGAACCCAGUGUUUCAUCGUCGUACCAAGCAUAUUGAUGUUCGUUAUCAUGUUGUGCGUCACUAUAUUCGCAGUGGAGUAAUUCAUCUGGAGUAUCUUGAUACUCAAGUGAUGUUGGCAGAUAUGUUCACUAAGAAUCUUGGUCGUGUGAAGUUUGAGACAUUGAGGGGACUACUUGGUAUGAAGGCAGUAGGUGAUUCUGCGACAAGGGGAGGUGUUGAGCAUGCAAUGUUGUCGCAGACUAGUGCAGUUGAUAAUGCACGUGAGUUUGGGUGGGAAACUAUGGUUGACAAUCUAUGUUUAUUUUAG